AAUAUUAUGCGAUGUGAUAUUUUGCGUUUUAAAGUAGUAAACUUCAUGAGAUACUGUCAGAAUGUUAUAAUUCAAUGAAAUACGUGAUUUGUUUUUAAACGAAACAACUAACGUUUUGUUAAGUGUGUAUAUGAGAUUAGAUAAGACAAUAUAUACUCAAAAGUACUUACUUUAAGCUCUUAUGUGUUAAGAAAAAAAAACAAAUAAAAAAGAAACAACAAAAGAGACAUAAUGGUUGUUAGUCCAGAGUUGCCACCUGUUCCAGCACCUUUAAAAAACAUUCAACAAUAUUUAAAAGUAGCUACGACACAUGAUCAACGUGAUUGCGUUGUCAGUUAUUGGUGUCGUCUUUAUGCUCUUCAAACUGGUUUGAAAUUGUCAACGAAAACUAGUGAAGAAACAAGUUUUUUAUUGAAAUUAAUGAAUUGGUUGGAAACAACUAAGAAAGAAUUACAUGAUAAUGAAGCUAUUACUAAUGAUGUUUGUGCACAAGCACAUUUAGAAAAUUGGGCAUUGAAAUUGUUUUUAUAUGCGGAUCAAAAUGAUAGGGCUUCAAACUUUGGAAAAAAUAUUAUACAAUCAUUUUAUACCGCAGGAUUACUUUAUGAUGUUCUAACGGUGUUCGGAGAGCUUACAGAUGAAGCGGCACAAAAUAGAAAAUAUGCCAAAUGGAAAGCUACUUAUUUACACAAUUGUAUAAAGAAUGGUGAAACUCCUGUACCAGGGCCAUUAAAAGAUGAAGAUGGUGAAGAUAAUUUAAAUGAAUUUUCAAAUAAAGAUAAUUCUAAUUCAGGUAAUAAUUUAGCUGAUAAUGAAGACAAUACUUCAAACUUGGAUGCUUCUAGUCCAACUAAUGUCAACAUAUUUAAUCCUACACCAGCUAUACCAGAAAAUGAUGGAAGUGGAAAGAGUACAAGUAAUAUUCCAGAUUUCAAACCAUCUAUAAAAGUAGAUGGUGGAAUUGAUUUAUCUACGGAACAAAUAACUAAAGCUCAAAAAUAUAUUAAAUGGGCUGGAAGUGCUUUAAAUUAUGAUGAUGUUCCUACCUCAGUUUUAAAUCUUCAGAAGGCAGUACAUCUGUUAACAACUGGACAAGAUCCAGCAUAAAAAUCCAGCAUUCAUUGCAAGUGCCUAAUAAUUCAUUAGGUUCUAAUGUAUAAAUUUAAAAUUUAUUACUUUACCAUUAGAGUAUACGAAUCUUCCCUACUUGCUUAUUAAUUUACAACACAACAUAUAAAUUGCAUUGUAGUGUUAAAUAAUAAUUAUUCAAAGACUAAACAAAAACUAUCAACAUAAAUUCAUUAUAAAUAUCUUU